AUGCCACCUAAGAAGAAACAAGUAUCAACCUCGUACAGUGAAACUCAAUUUUUGAUAAUGGAGGCUACAAUCACAGCAUUGGAAAAUGAGUUAUCAGAGGUGAAAUCUGCACUUGCUGAUGCGCAAAGUACAACAAAACAGAAUCAAGACUAUCUUGUUUCAAUGCUUGAGAAAUGCAUAGGUAAGUCAAUAGAUCUAGAAGAUGAAAACGUGAACAAUGAGGGUUUGCCACUAGAAGAUGAAAGCGUGAUUAAUGAGGGCUUGCCACAGUAA